AUGUCGGAGUCGGGCCCGGCCGCCGACGCGCGGGCGAGUGUCGCGCCGGCGCCGGCCGCAGCCGAUGGCGACGCCGGGGCCGGGCCGGCUGACGCUGGCGGCGUGAGGUCCAUGGUGGAGCGGUGGAAGAUGGACGGCGCGCCGGCGCGGGCGCGGCUGCUGCUCCGGGCCCUGGCGUGGCUCUUUUCCCUCCUCGCCCUCGUUGUCAUGGCGUCCAACCAGCACGGCGGCAGCCAGGAUUUCCGCAAGUACCCUGAGUACAACUACUGCCUGGGCAUCUCGAUCGUGGCGUGGCUGUACGCCACGGCGCAAGUCCUGCGCGACGUCCACCGCCUCAGCUCCGGGCGGGACCUCAUCGCUCCGAGGAAGGCGUCGGCCGUCGUCGACUUCGCCGGAGACCAGGUCGUCGCUUACUUCUUGAUAUCGGCGAUGUCCGCGGCGGCGCCGGUGACGGACUACAUGCGCCAGGCGGCGGACAACCUGUUCACCGACUCGGCGGCGGCGGCAAUCAGCAUGACCUUCUUCGCGUUCGUGGCCAUCGGCCUCUCUGCUCUCGUUUCCGGGUACAACCUCUCCAUGGAGACUCUUGUAUAG